ACGGUGCACGGUAGAUAAACAGUGUAAAUAAAACUAAUUUUCUAUAUUAAUUAAUAUUUACAUCGACAAUUUGAUUUGUUCCGGCAGAUGUGUAAGUUUCCCGUUCAGCAAUGAACGAGUUUAACCACAAGACGGUGUUCGUACUGGACCACACACCGUACUUCGGCAUUUCCUGUGAAGCCCCAAUCGAUUGCGAGUUCAUAAAGAGCAAGAUUCCCAUUCCGCCUAUCAGCAAAAGCCUCUGGACAUGUGCGGUCGAAGCAUCCGUCGAAUAUUGUCGCAUCGCUUGGGACUUAUUUCCCAGUGGCAAGCUGAUCCGGUUUGUCGUUAGCGAUACCGCUGCCCACAUCGUCAAUACAUGGAAUACCAGCACCCAAAGUCUAACGCAUGUUAUGAAUGCAAUGUCGAUGGUUGGCGUGCCUCCGCGGCAAACGCAAGCUAACGAUUACUCGGUCAUCCAUGGAUUACGAGCUGCCAUCGAAGCUCUUGCGGAACCGACCGAUUUUCAGAAGGAACAAAUCAGCACCAACGAGCAGGUCGUGUUCAAUCUAGGACGUGUUAUUUGCAUCACUUCUGCUCGGGAUGAUGCCAGCAUGAAGAGCCUGGAGGAUAUUUUUCGUACCGUAUUGGUACAACAGAAUACGAUAUCCGCUAGCCACAAGGAAUAUCUUAACAUCGAUCAGUGUCAUCUCGUUAUCAUUAACCUGUUUCCAUCGAAUAUGGAAUCUAUGGUUAACAAUAGGAGCCUCAUCGACAUCUCGCCAAUCCUCAAAUCGGAAAUCCACUCCAACAAGGCGAACAAAAUCUCCAACAAACUAACGCACCUUAUUCUGCCACAUUUCGAUUUGGCCAGCACAACCGUCACCGGCAUUCCGAUGAAGGAGGAACAGAACGCUAGCUCGAGCGCAAACUACGAUGUGGAAAUUUUCCACGGCAGCAAAGCACACUCGGUGUUUCUGGGCACGGAGCUGGUACUGCCACAUAGCGUUAAGGACGGAGCGGACUACGAAACCGUCACGUUGAAGUGGUGCACACCGAGAAGUUGUGGCUCAUCGGAAAUGCAACCCUGUCUGGCGCAGUGUCGGGUAACGCCGGUCGACGUCACUUCCCGGCCAAGCUCGUGCUUGAUCAAUUUCUUACUGAAUGGUCGCUCAGUACUGCUGGAGAUGCCGAAGAAGUCCGGCGGCAAACUAACCAGUCAUUUGCUGUCGGCCCACGGAGGGGAAAUCUUUAUCCACUCGCUCAAUACUGCUCGCAGUUGCUUGGAAGAUCCACCCUCCAUAUCGGAAGGUGGCGGUGGACGCGUUACCGACUAUCGAAUUAAUGAUUUCGGCCAAAUGAUGCAGCUACACAGAAUUGUCCCCCUUAAACCUGUACCUGAAAGGACACCGGAUGAACAUUUACUGAAAAUGCGUACGAAGCUGUCGAAAAACUCCCGCUACUGGCCACUGAUUCUGGGUAGCACGAUCUUAUACAAUGCGCGUCAGUUUGUCGAGGUGAUUCUGAUGUUAACGCAAAAAUCGGAACUGACAGAAGACGAAGUACUGCAGUGUCAGAAAUCGAUUUACCAGCUGGCUGCCUUGGAAGCACGCCAGGAAUCGUUAGCAUUGCCAAACAUGGGCCACCGACUGAAAGGUGUCAAACGAGAAGAACAGUAUCGUUUACUGUGGGCCGAAUUGGAGUUGGUGGUAAGUCACAGUGGAACCUCCGCCGGACAUAAAGCGGUACUCAAGUGCAUACGCGAUUGUCGAAGUAGGAACCCACUGGAUGCACAGGAAAAAGACGAAGCAGCGGAGGCGCACCGAGCAUCGGUGAUUCGAGCGACGACGGACUCCCCGAUGUCUCCGCCCCAUUCAAUGUCGUCGGUAAUUAACGAUAGUGCGGUGACUAGUUUGCUUGCCGGCUCCAGCCGUUCGUCGGGUAAGAAAACUUUAGGCAGCGGAACGAAGUCCCUGUUUGAUAUUCUCACUUCCACGGAGAGAGCUCAGAGUCAGAAGCGAAUCGAUUUUAGCGGUAGACUGUGUACACCCCCUGGCCAGGUGGCCAAACUGUAUCCCAACUUCGGAGUAAAGGACGAACCUGCCGCUCAGGGUAGGCAACCGGACGUUAAGUGAGAAGUAAGUUUUAUUUUUAUU